AUGCGAUUGCAGCAGGGUGGGAUGACUGUAUCGGAGUAUGCGAUGAGAUUCGAGCACUUGGCUCGUUUCUAUUUGCAAGCUAUUUCUGAGGCUUGGAAAUGCAUAAAGUUUGCUGAGGGUGGCAACCAUGUGACUAGGACUUUUGAGGGACCAACUGGGUCCAAGAGAGGUGGAAAUCAGAGGAAGCAAUAUGAUAGGCCUCAACCACAACAAGGAGGUCCUGUCAUUAGGAAACCUUCUGAGGCUGCUAGAGGAGGGAGGCAGGGUGGAGGUGCCACUCUUAGAUGUUACAGGUGUGUUGGACCCCAUUUUGUCAAGGAUUGUUCACACACGGAGAGCCGGUGUUUCAAGUGCCAUCAGAUGGGUCAUGAGUCGACCAUCUGUCCUGCCAGAAACAGACUGGAGAGAGAUGCUCAGAGGGGUGGUGCCCAGAGAGGCGAUGUUCAGAGGGGUGACAGACCUACUACAACUGGUAGAGUAUUCGCUUUGACUGGGGCUAAAGCUUCUACUUCCUCAAAUCUUGUGAAGGGAAAAGGUAGAGCUGCUGGUAAGGAUAUGAUGAUUCUUUUCGACUCUGGUGCUUCUCAUUCUUUUAUAUCUUAUGCUUGUGUUGCUAUGCUGGGUGUGCCGCUACUGGUGAGGCUAGUUGGGAGGUUGAGCAGCAGUGUAGGGAGUGAUAUCCGUUUCUUUUCCCAAGUGAUUCAGAGCUCUUCUUCUCCUCUUUUAGUUGCUCAAGUUUGUUAUUCUCCAUUCGUUCAAGCUUCUCCUUCGUUCUUCUCUUCCCGGAGCUCGGAUCUUCGUACCGAGGUAAGGAAGGCUAGGUCUAUGGCUGUUUGA